AUGAAAGGCGGUAGGAAGAACCUGCAGCACACGUGCGAGGAGGGCACCGCGGUGACGCUGGCGGAGGGCGAGAGCAUCAUGCAGGUCGUCACGCUGCGCGGCUCCAACCUCAUCGAGGUGACGGACGGCGAGGGCGUCAAGUCUCUCGCCCUCUUCCCCGCCAAGUUCCAGACGAGCUUCUGGAUCAAGAACGGGAAUUUCGUGGUUGUGGAUGCUAGUGGGAGGGACGAGGCUCUCGAAUCUGGAAGUAGGAUGGGUGGGCGACAGGGCCAGAGGGAACGACAUCGCAGGCUGAGGAAGAGCACAACUCCGAAGAAGAAGACGACGAUGAUGAUAUGCCGCCACUUGAGGCAAACACGAACGGAAAUAAUACCGUUUGACGUGCAUUCCGAUACAGAAAGUGACUCUGAUUCUUGA